GAGGGAAAUCAUAAGCCACUAUUUGAUCCAUGAUCAGGUUAUUUAUUCCUCUGUUUUGCCCCUACCCAUCAUGCCUUUAGAGAAAAAAAAAACUUUUGGCCAACCCAAUAGCCUAUAAAUAUUAAUUUUCUGUGAAAAUGUUACUUUGAUAUUUUAUGAAAAAGGGAGAGGAACUUGCUUGACUUGACUUUUGAUUGGGCAUAAAAUUUGAUUGUUCUUCACCGCAAAAUCAGUUAAGAGGCAGUCAGUGUUAGCAUUUCAUCAAGAAUCACAGUUGUUUGUCCAUGGCUGACCUUCAGGAUCAACUCUUCAUCCUUAUAGGGGCACUGGUGUGUCUGAACUACUUGCUGAAAUGUGUGAAAUUCUCCAAAUAUUUUCUUCUGCGUUUAUGGACUCCAUUGCCAAAGUCUUUCUUUCGAUCAAUGGGAGAAUGGGCAGUGAUCACAGGUGCUGGAGAUGGAAUUGGGAAAGCAUAUGCAUAUGAGCUAGCAAAACGUGGACUAAACAUUGUGAUGAUCAGCAGAACCCUUGAAAAACUCCAGGCAGUUGCCAAAUGGAUUGAGAAGACAACAGGUAGUCAAGUGAAGGUCAUACAAGCCGACUUCACCAAAGAUGACAUAUAUGAGAACAUCAAAGAGAACCUUCAAGGAUUUGAAAUUGGAAUUUUAGUCAACAAUGUUGGAAUGCUUCAUAAUAUUUUCCCAUGCCAUUUCCUUAGUGGACCAGAUAAAAUACAGAGCCUGAUCCACUGUAACAUCUUUUCUGUAGUCAAGAUGACUAGGUUGAUUCUGAGAGACAUGGAAAAAAGGCAGAAAGGACUGGUUCUGAACAUUUCUUCAGGGGUAGGCCGCUUCCCUUGGCCAUUUUAUAGCAUUUACUCAUCUACAAAAGCUUUUAUAUGCACAUUUUCCAAAGCACUGCAAGCUGAGUAUAAGGCAAAAAGAAUCAUCAUACAGGUAGUGACACCUUACUCUAUUUCUACCCCAAUGACAAGGUAUCUCAAACCCAGCAUAAUGACAAAGACAGCAGAAGAUUUUGUUAAGGAAUCCUUGAAUUUUGUUGCAGUUGGAGAUGAAACUUGUGGUUGCCUUGCUCACGAAAUCUUGGCACGCCUCCUAGACCUGAUUCCUUCCUGGUUACUCUACAACGAUGCAUUUCAGAACAUCAUGACGAAACGUUGUAUCAAUUCCAUAAAGCAGAAUUCCAGGAUCCAAUUAAUAACUUGGGAAGGAAGAAGUCAAAAAGAUCCAGCAGCACCGCUCUUGUGUUAGCCUGAAGAAACCAGAAGCCAUACUCCUCGCUUUAUUAACCUGAAGCUGCAGCCAGCAGACACUGUAGAUGUUUCAACAUUAAAUAAUUUUGCUUUGCA